UUUUAAAUGUGACUUUGAACUGGCUUAUCACUAAUUUUGCCUACACUUUGCCUUGGGGCAUUCGUGUCAUUUUAUCGGCUGGCAGUAAAUGUUUGGUUUGUUUAGUGUUUUGUUUUCCAUCGAAUUCAUCUAGGCUGAUACUGUUAUUUUAUUAUCCGUUAUGCAAAUAAAUUUAUAUAAUUAAUAUUUGCUUAACGUUUUAUACACAAAUCAGAUAGAAUUUGGAUGAUGAUUCAUUAAAACAAACAAUAAAAUAAAACUUCAAAAUUCCAAAUCCAGCAUUUUCCAGUCAAUUCUUUACAUUUGGGUCUUCAGUCAAGUGUCAUUUUAACACUUUUUUCGGAAGUGUACAACAGUGGCUUUGAAGUAAAGCAGACGUCUUCGGCAGAUUGCCAAGAAGUAUCCACCACAAGUGCCAAUCUCUUGUUGUCCUGUGCCCAUCCUACUGAGGAAAACGUAUACAGAAAAAUGGAUUUACAAAAUAUUCGAGAGAACAGUGGUCGUCCAUUUCUAGUUAAUGAUACUGAUGGUUAUCAUGAUGUUAUUUUGAAUGAGAAAACUAUAAUUCGAGUUUUAAAACGCUACACGGACUUUUAUAUAAUCGGCUUAGGAGCACAAGGAGUUGUAAUGUCGGCUCUCGAUGUGGUUACCAAUGAACGUGUGGCGAUAAAGAAGCUGACCCGGCCUUUUUCUAAUCCAACGCAUGCAAAACGAGCUUACCGCGAAUUUGAAAUAAUGAAUCUGAUGGAUCAUCCUAAUAUGCUUUGUGGAAUAAAUUAUUUGCAUAAAGCGUCAAUUGUUCAUAGACUAAUUGGCUCGGGAGCACAAGGAGUUGUCAUGUCGGCUCUCGAUGUGGUUACCAAUGAACGUGUGGCGAUAAAGAAGCUGACCCGGCCUUUUUCUAAUCCAACGCAUGCAAAACGAGCUUACCGUGAAUUUGAAAUAAUGAAUCUGAUGGAUCAUCCUAAUAUUAUUCGCUUGCUUAAUGCUUUUACUCCACAAAAUUCGUUGGAAGAGUUUGACGAUUUAUAUUUGGUUAUGGAACUUAUGAAUGCUAGUCUUUGUCAAGUAACUGCUAUGGACCUGGAUCAUGAACGUCUCUCGUUUCUUCUUUACCAGAUGCUUUGUGGAAUAAAUUAUUUGCAUAAAGCGUCAAUUGUUCAUAGAGAUAUAAAACCUAGUAAUAUUGUGGUCAAUUAUCAAUGCCGAUUAAAGAUUCUUGAUUUUGGUAUAAAAAACUUUGAAGCGUUUAAUAAAAUAUUUUUUAUAGGACUUGCGCGUAAUGUCGAGGAUGAAAAUAUUGUAUUUUUCCCUGGCAAUGACUACAUCGACCAAUGGACAAAAAUCGUUGAUGGUCUAGGAUCGCCUGACAAUGAUUUUACAAAGCUGUUAACGCCAGAAGUUCGAAAUUAUAUUUUAAAACUUCCGUAUGUCGCAACUCGUGAUUGGAAAGAAAUAUUUCCUGAUAGUAUAUUCCCAAAGAAUAUUAAUGACCGAUUAAAUGCUGAAAAUGCUCGCGAUUUAAUAUCUAGAAUGCUUGUAUUAAAUCCCCUGCAGAGGUUUAAUAUAUUUUUUAUAAGAAAUAAUUUUGAUAUAAAAAUAUUAAGAAUCACUGUAUCCGAUGCUUUGAAGUUUCCUUACGUCAGUCUGGUUUUUGAUGGUCCGCCACCACCUCCAUAUAUUGAUCCUGACCAUUCACCGGAUCUUUCCCUGGAACAAUGGAGAGAGUUGCUUUUCAAGCAGAUCAAAGAUUAUGAGAAUACUCAUGAUAUUUUUGGCAUUCAAAGCAAUCCAGUACCCAAUGAAAUGAGUGAAGAUGAAAAUUCUUGA